UGAAGGGAGGAGUUGGUCCAGCUGUGUGUGCGCGCCGGAGCACCUGGCCAGCAGUUUCCAAAGCUGGAGUCCCACGCUGCGGAGCGGCGCAGUCGCUGGUCGUUCUGCCCGGUUCGCACCGCGACCUUACCACUUGGCCUCGCCUCUGCCCCCGGCUAGGCUCGUCGCUUCGGCCGCAGGGGCGCGGCAUGAGCACCCCCUGCCAGAGUGCCCCGUUCCAGCGCUAACCAGCCUCGGCCCUGCAGCCUCCUCUUGCGCACGUCCUCGACGGUUGUCCUCGGUCUAGAGCUCGCCCAGACCAGCUGCGGCCGCCCCGACCCGACACCCCUCCCGGAGCCCUUGGGCGCCGGGCGCCAGCGCGACUGCAACCAUUCGGCCAGCGGGAGCCCAGUCCGGAUCCCAGCGCCGCCGCCGCCCCGCCUCGACCUCCAAAACUCGGCCGUCGGUGGCAGACACAACCGAGCUCCUGUCCCCAGCGCGCCAACCCGCAGAACGUGGGUGCCGAGCCCCGUGCGUCCCGGCCCAGGCAGCACUGCGCUUGGGCCACGCUGCGAGGAUUUCCAGAGCUCUCCACCGACGGACAGGAGUCUCUCCGGAGCGCGCGUCGUGGGCCUGCAGCGCCCAGAGCCGGCACCACACAACCCUCGGCGGCGGGCGGCGUAGACGCCGGGCGCGCGGGACGGCUGAGCCAUGACGGCCGAGAGCGGCCCGCCGCCGCCGCCCCCGCAGCCCGAGGCGCUGGCGGCCGUGAAGGAGGAGCGCGGCGAGGCCGCGGCGGCGGGGCCGGUGGUCCCGGCGGAGACCGGGGGCCGCGGCGCGGGCGGGCGACGGCGCAAGCGCCCCCUGCAGCGCGGGAAGCCGCCCUACAGCUACAUCGCGCUCAUCGCCAUGGCCAUCGCGCACGCGCCCGAACGCCGCCUCACGCUGGGCGGCAUCUACAAGUUCAUCACCGAGCGCUUCCCCUUCUACCGCGACAACCCCAAGAAGUGGCAGAAUAGCAUCCGUCACAACCUCACGCUCAACGACUGCUUCCUCAAGAUCCCGCGCGAGGCUGGCCGCCCGGGCAAGGGCAACUACUGGGCGCUCGACCCCAACGCCGAGGACAUGUUCGAGAGCGGCAGCUUCCUGCGCCGCCGAAAGCGCUUCAAGCGCUCGGACCUCUCCACCUACCCGGCCUACAUGCACGACGCGGCGGCCGCCGCCGCUGCCGCUGCCGCCGCGGCUGCUGCCAUCUUCCCCGGAGCGGUGUCGGCCGCGCGCGCGCCCUACCCGGGCGCCGUCUACGCGGGCUACGCGCCGCCGUCGCUCGCCGCGCCGCCGCCCGUCUAUUACCCCGCCGCGUCGCCUGGCCCUUGCCGCGUCUUCGGCCUGGUUCCCGAGCGGCCGCUCAGCCCAGAGCUGGGACCCGCACCGCCGGGGCCCAGCGGCUCCUGCGCCUUUGCCUCGGCUGGCGCCCCCGCUAACACCGCCGGCUACCAGCCGGCUGGCUGCUCGGGGGCGCGGCCGGCGAACCCCUCCGCCUACGCGGCUGCCUACGCGGGCUCGGACGGCGCGUACCCUCAGGGCGCGGGCAGCGCGCUCUUCGCCGCGGCCGGCCGCCUCAGCGGACCCGCCUCGCCCCCCGCGGGUGGCGGCAGUGGCGCUGUCGAGGCAGCCGUGGACUUCUACGGGCGUUCCUCGCCCGGCCAGUUCGGAGCGCUGGGGGCCUGCUACAAUCCCGGCGGGCAGCUCGGAGGCGGCAGUGGAGGGCCCUACCAUGCCCGCCACGCUGCCGCCUAUCCAGGCGGGGUGGAUCGGUUUGUGUCUGCUAUGUGAGCCGAGAGAGCAGGGACAAAACCGCAUAGAUACCUCGGCUGGCCGCACGAACUAAACUUACUCCCGCCUUGAGGACAGAGCUAGAGAGAGGACAAAGUUGGGCAUGUGACAGGGAACUGAGAGCUUCCUGGCGCACCUCGUAUACACCUGGUUUUUCUUAUACGUGUGAGGAUGAGAGACUGCCACCCGGUUCUGACUGGCACAAAAGAUCCAAGGUCAGCAAAGCCCCCAAAGACAUGCCUCUGUCACUGUACCGGGAAAGGUCCUUGGUGACACAGGGCAUGGGGAAAUGUGUCUAUGCCAAAAUUCUGGAUCUGAUUGAUGGGGAAUUGUAGUGUCACCCUUCCUUUGGCUGCGUAAAAUCGGGCCCUUUUUAAUUGGUUCGGUCCCAUGUAUCUUUUACCAUGUUACUACAAUGAAAGGCUGGGUUUCUUAAAGUGUAGAGGAGAAAGAAAAGAAAGAAAUUCCCUGUUCUUAUUUUAUAAGAGAAAUCUACUCCUGCUGACCUGGGCAGCUGAGAAUCACAGGCCUAACGGCAGUCUACCUAGCCCAGCAUGACCCUCUGAACCGUGCCUCAGUUCCCACCCACAACACCAGAACCUUUAGCCUAAAUGCUAUGCAAGAGGCAUUCAGGAUUCUACCCGCUUACUAUUCUUAGGAUCCCAUCAUCUUGGAAGCCACCCUGUAUAUUUGGCAGCAUUUGUGGGUCACCCAAGGCUUCGGAGUAGCCACCCUAAGCCUAACCCGCGUUCAGGGAAUUGGUACCAUCAUGGCAAGCACCUCACCUAAAAUCCUAGGAUUAGCUCCAAGCAGCGAUUAUACUUUUGAGCAGGAUGUGCCGGUCAUUGCUACUACUGUCCCAUCAUAAAUCUGGUUUUCUGGUGAGGCAGACAGAAAUACAUUCAUCCUUUGUCCAAGACUUCUUUUCAUCAAGCAGUCCUGGAUCCAGUGGGUGAACUCAAAUUCAAGAAAAGGAGAGGAUUCCAGGGAGCCUGUGAGCAAGGUCUGUCAGUAGUAGGGUUAGCUCUUCCAUCCUGGUGCACUCUGUUACACCUUAAUGGCCUCCCCAUUCAUAAAAGGAAAGAGAAGAAUUAAAUUUGGUGACCAGCAUAGUGUGUUUCAGAGAGAAGCCAGACUUUUAAUUUCAUUUUGUAUCUUGUUUAAGCAGCAAGCUCACCAAAAUCAGAAAAUCUAAUCUGGCCUGUCUUGAGAAAUCUGUUUCAUUUCUGGGGUGAAAUUUUCCAGUGUUAAAUAUUUCUCAGAUUUCUGCUUACAGAUUUUGGACAAACCUGAGUAUUCAGGUGAAGUGAAUAAAAAUCACUGCUAUCACUGCAGGAAUGAGAAGUGUAGCCCAGGGAUACAGUGUUUGUCUAGCAUGCUCAAGGCCCUGAUUUCAGUCUCUAGUACAAAACUUUAAAAAGGAAAGAAAAAUUGAACAAGUGAGUUCUGGCAAGAGAAACUGAGCCUCUUUUUGCAAAGUUUUCUUGGUGGGAAAGAGCAGGGUUGUGAAAAAUGUAUGAAAACCAUUAUUUUUAUGUUUUAUUUUGGUGGCUGCACUGUCCUUUUUACAAAGACAUAAACUUGGUUCAGCCCAGAUGGGAAUUUGUCUGAAUUCAUGCUAUCCAAUAUAAAUACAGUGUAAGCCACAUAUGUAAUUUAAAAUUUUCUAGUAGCCACAUUAAUAAACAAGUGAGAUUAAUUUAAUAGAAUGUACUUAACCCAGUAUUUCCAAAAUAUCUUUUUAGUUUCUAAUCAACAUAAAAAUUGUUAAGAUGUGUCCCCGUGUCAUCAAACUCUGGAGUGUAUUUUACAAUUGUAGUUCAUCUAAUUUUGGACCAGCCACAUGCCAUGGUCAGCAGCAGCCUUGGCUGAUUACUACCACUAAGGACAGUCCAGGUCCAAGUGCUGGUCCUUCUGGCUUUGGUGGUGGUAAAUGACCACAUCAAGGCAGAUGGCAGCUAGAGAGGUGGGCUGAGAUUCCAGAUGGAUCCCUGAAACCUUGGGGAUGUCCCGGUGUUAGGCCUCUUUCCUCUUCCGGGGACUCUUCCAGGCAUGAAAUUCAAGGGUUCUGCCAGUGCAACUGGACUGGCUGGCCUCUGUUCCUCCUCGGAGGGCAGGAUGCAGGGAACAUUGAGAGUCAGACCUUCACACGGGAGUUAUGCGUUUGGCUUGGGAGACCCCAGUCUCAGACUGGGGCUGGAGAACAGGUUUGCACCUAGUAAAUGUGGGAAUUACCCCUCUUGUGUUUCCUAAUCACCAAGUCCAGUUCUUUGACACCCCAUCACCCCGUCACCCCGUUCGCCCUAAACCAGUCCCUUUGCCAGUGUCCUCAUCUGCGAAAUAGGAAUUUGAGGCUGUGACCUCAGAGGGUCUUCCUGACUUUAACCCAGAUAAGAGAAGUGAAAAAUGCUUUGCAAACAGACAGGCAUAGGUGACCAGGAAGGCUUUUAAAAACAACCGCAGCCUCUUCAGAAAACCUCUGGGAGCGUCAGGACAAAGCCUAGGCCCAAGAAAGGUGGGAUGGGAAAGGGCGUCUAUGUCCUACUCUCUCUCCCUGUUGGCUUGAGCGACGGAUGAGAUUAUGCCCAAAACUAGGGUAGGCGCCAGGAGAGAGGAUGUGGUGGGACCUGGGAGUGUGCAGCGGCCACCGGCAGGACAGGGAGGCCUGCGAAGGGUGGGAACAGAGCCGCCGGCUAGCGCGCCUGCAGGAGCUGCCGACCGACCCUGCGCCCCGGGCCCCGGGAUCUGGAGAACGCCCCACCGCCGCUCCUCGGGUCAGUCUGAGUCCAGGAUGGCUGACCGCAGAACGCUCUACUCAUCUGGGGUCCGGGAGACUGGAGGUGCGUUUCUUUUUAGCUUUUCUUCCUCGUCCCUCUAUGAACCCGGAAAGAUAGCUUGCUCCUCUCCAGCACCCGCGUCGUGUGCAGGCGCCCCCGGGGUGUGGGUAAUUACAUGCGUUCUUCCCUAAUUGCCCAAGGCUCGUUAGAAUUCGCCCCAGAGCUGUACCAUUUAUUUUCUUUCAAAUUAACGUUGCUUUGCAAUUAAGCUGGGGAAACCAGCAACAAAAGCCGACUUGGCCUAAGGUCGUUUAGUACGAAAACGGAUUAGGGAACCUUCUUCCCGAUUUGAGCGCUUUGGCGAAAUCUUCCGGACCCCAGAAGCGGGGCGAGUGUCGUUGGCAGCAGCCGUGACCUCCACUAGGGCGAUGAUUUAUGUCCCCCAAAGAGAAAACAACCUCGUUGAAAUAUCUCUUGGACACUUUGACCUGAACUCCGUACCGAGGAUAUGAGGCUGCCUAAGGCGGUUACAGUUUACCAAAUGCAUUCAUAAAUGUAAUCUCAGUACUAAGAGCUCUGUGAAAUGUUUCCUUUAUUAAAAUUAUUUUUCUUAUUAUAACAACAGGAUGUGUU